AUGCAGGGGACAUUUGCUUUUUCUGGUCUGGGCUUUACUUCAUUAUACUUGGCAGGCAAGUUGCAGUGCUUCACAGCUGCUGGACGCGGGUGCAGCUGGCGUCUCUGUGCCAUGAUCCUGCCUCUCUACAGUGCAAUGAUGAUUGCUCUGUCCCGCACCUGCGACUACAAGCAUCACUGGCAAGAUGCUUUUGUUGGGGGAUUGAUCGGCCUCUUCUUUGCCUACAUCUGUUAUCGGCAGCACUACCCACCCAUCCUGGAUGUAGACUGCCACCUGCCAUAUGCUAGUCUGCAUGCAGCAGCUGCCCACAACAUGCCAACCUCCCAGGAUCAACCUCUGCCCAUGGAUAAUGCCACCAGCCUCCCUCUGGAGGGCAUGACCGAGGGACCAGUAUGA